UUCAUUAAUUUUUUCCCUUCAUCAAGAGAAAAUUACUAAUAUAUUUGGAUGUUGGUAGAUGGAGUAGCCCCGAGGGCUAAAAUGAAUCAGCAGCGGGCAAGAAGAUUCAGGGCGGCUAAAGAUGCUGAGCUUGCGGAAGCUGAGGAAGAAAGGUUGAGAAAGGAAUUUGAAAAACAAGGGAAGCGAGUCCUGCCGAAAGAGGAAACUGAAGUCUCAGAUUCAAAUGUAAUAACCCCGGGAACGCUUUUCAUGGAUAAGUUGGCCAAGGCAUUAGAGUACUACAUACAUGUUAGAUUGAAUUCUGAUCCUGGUUGGAAAUCGAUCAAGGUGAUACUUUCUGAUGCUAAUGUUCCUGGUGAAGGAGAGCACAAAAUUAUGUCGUUCAUUCGUCUUCAGCGGAACCUGCCAGGAUAUAAUCCAGGCACACAUCAUUGCUUAUAUGGCUUGGAUGCGGAUCUGAUUAUGCUUGCUUUGGCUAGUCAUGAGAUCCAUUUCUCUAUUUUGCGGGAGGAUGUCUUGAAACAUGAACGGCAUGAUAAUUCUAUUCCAUCCUUGAGUACAAACUUUUCCAGAAUGGAGAUUGACUUGGUCAAAUCACGACAGUGGUUCAAUAAAGGUUUCACACCUAAUAGCGUAAUCCCUAAGAAACCAUAUCAGUUUGUUAAUGUAUGGACUCUCCGAGAAUAUUUGAAGUUGGAUAUGAAGAUCAUGGAUGCCCCUUUUGACAUUGACUUUGAGAGAAUCGUUGAUGAUUUCAUAUUUAUAUGUUUUUUCACUGGGAAUGAUUUCCUACCUCAUCUACCUACUCUUGAAAUCCACGAGGGGGCAGUAGAUUUGCUGAUUCACGUGUAUAAAAAAGUUUUUAAGACUAAUGGGGGCUACCUUGUGGAUACUAGCAGGAUCAAAGAGAAGAAAGCUGCAUACAUAAAAAUGAAGCGUGUAGAAAGAUUCAUACUUGAAGUUGGAAGUUAUGAAGACCAGAUUUUUAAAAAAAGAUGCAAAGUCCGGGAGAAGCUGAGAGAAAAGUUGUUACAUCAGAAACUAGAAGAAGAAAAUAAUGAUUUUGACAAAUUGAAUCAAGAUAGUUUGGAACAUACAGAUUCAGUGAAUCUUAGGGGUAGUCUAAUGAGGCAGAAUUUAGAAGAAUGUUCAACUUCAAGGGAUUCAAAUUCCUGUAAACAAAUGCCAAUAAGCUCAAAAGUUGGAGGCACUGAUAAAUUUGAUGUUCUUCAAAAUACCAAGGAAUUAAAACAAAAAUUAAAGGACCAUCUUCGAAAUAAAUCAGACUUGUUCAAGAGCGGUCUUCUAGAGAAUGAUAAGGUUAUGCUCGGAAAUAAUGGAUGGAAAGAGAGGUAUUAUAAAGAAAAGUUUUCUGCAGAGAAUCCAACAGAGAUUGAAAGCAUCCGAAAGCAGAUACUUGAAAAAUAUGUGGAAGCUCUUUGUUGGGUAUUGCGUUACUAUUUUGCUGGUGUGCCUUCUUGGUCAUGGUAUUACCCUUUUCAUUAUGGUCCUUUUGCAUCAGACCUAAGGGGUCUCGGUUCCCUCAAAAAUGAAUUUAGAAUUGGGAAGCCUUUUAAUCCAUUUGAUCAACUCAUGUCUGUGCUUCCAUCAAAGAGUUCUAAUGCGCUGCCAGAAGCUUAUCGGAAUCUUAUGACCAGCAAGGAUUCACCGAUCAUUAAGUUCUACCCACAAGAUUUUGUUGUGGACACCAGUGGAAAGAGGUUUUCUUGGCAGGGAGUUUGUAAUCUGCCCUUCAUUGAUGAAGAAGAACUCUUAACUGCCACUCAAAUUAUAGAAAAAGAUCUUAAGGCUGAGGAAGUGAAAAGAAACUCAUUCAGGCAUGAGAAGAUUUUUGUACAAGAGUCCCAUGUUUUGGGGCUAGAAAUUGCUUCCAUUCGCAAAAUGUCGAAAGAUGAUACUGAAAGAAAGGAGAUCAAUGCAAACAGCUGCGAGAUAAAUGGCUAUAUAUCCCUGUGUCAUGACUUAUGUUGUACUUUAAUGUCAAAUACUACAGGAACAGAAAACACCAUUGAAGAUUGUGUACUGUCAUCAGUUUUCGAAAACCCUAAAUAUCAUGACCAUAUUCCGCGACCACUAGGAGCACUACCUGAGAAGACAAUCACGGAGGCAGAUAUUGUCGAAAGACAGUUGUGGCAUGAAUAUGAGGGAUAUCAUCCACCUACAACAAGUCAGCAGAGAUACACGCGAAGAUUUGAAGAUGCAUCAAAAUCGGUACCUGAAAAUGCUCGAGAGAGAUGGGUUGCUGGUUCUGGCUGGAGAGGCCGUGGAAGGGGAAGAGGAGAUUAUGGAGCCAAGAGAGUGGACUCCGGCAGUGGCUGGGGUUUUGUUGAUGAAAAGCGUCGUUACGAUCAGCGACAGUCCAGGGCUCAGGCAGGCAGUGGAUGCGGACUACGUGGAAGUGGAAGUGAUAACUGGAGGGAGCGAUCGGCAAUGGUGAACGUUGGUGGCAGAGGUAGAGAUGGUGCUGUGAGUUUCAUGAGUUCAGGCCAGAGGAAUUGGUCUGAGGAGAGUAGGGAGAGUAGAGGUUGGUAAGUAGUUGAAAGAUGUGAGAUUUUUCGUUUUUCUUGGCAAAUUUUGGUGUUUUUUUUUUUUUUUUUGGAUGAAGUUUGAAGUAGAAGCCUCGUCCUGUAAUCAUGGUAAUGUAAAAAUCAGUGUUGUGAUUACUCUUGU